UUCACCAAACACACUGCUGGUGAAUAAAAUGGAGGAAAAAUGGUCAGGUCUUUGACUGCUGAACGCCACCCCAGUCCAAUAGGUGGUGAUAUAACACAAUUUAGUUCAAAGAAGAAGAAAAAGUAGAGCGGAAGUUUAUUACUAAGGCGCGAAGUGACUUGUCUGUUUUGAUUGGUUUUACGCGUUUGGUCGUGUGUCAGAAACAAACAACAGCAUAACAGUACAUACUGUAGCUGGUGGUGCUGCGUGAUGGAGGUGGGGAAGGAGAGAGUGGUGGCCCUGGUGGAUAUGGACUGCUUUUACGUGCAGGUGGAGCAGAGGUUUAACCCCGAGCUGAGGAAUAAACCCUGUGUCGUGGCUCAGUACAAAACCUGGAAAGGAGGAGGUAUCAUAGCAGUCAGCUAUGAGGCGCGAGCCCACGGUGUGACAAGAAACAUGUGGGCGGAUGAUGCCAAGAAACUGUGUCCAGAUCUUCAAGUUGCGAGAGUCCGCGAGUCACAUGGGAAAGCUGAUCUAACCUGUUACAGGGAGGCCAGUGUGGAAGUGAUUGAGGUCAUGUCCCGAUUUGCAGUCGUUGAGAGAGCCAGCAUCGACGAAGCCUACAUGGACCUCACCAGCAGCGUCCAAAAAAGACUGAAGGAUCUAGAAGAAUCACGGAUUGACCCUCAACUUCUGAAGAACACUUACGUCCAAGGCUUUCCCAUUCCCUACUCGGUGGAGGAUGUGCCGGUGGAUAAAGAUGAGCAGCGGUCAAAGGGUGUGCAGCAGUGGCUAGACACACUGCCCACCUGCUCUCAGCCAGGCUGGUUGGGCCACUCGGAGGUGUGUUUGGCCGUUGGAGCAAUGAUUGUGGAGGAAAUGAGGGCCGCCGUGGAGCAGCACACCGGAUUCCGCUGCUCUGCAGGAAUUUCUCAUAAUAAGGUAUUGGCCAAGCUGGCGUGCGGUCUCAACAAACCAAAUCGGCAGACUGUGCUUCCUCUUGGAUCGGUGCCUGAACUCUUCAUGACGUUGCCCGUCAGUAAAAUUCGCAAUCUAGGAGGGAAACUGGGCGUCUCCGUCACAGAGACUCUGGGGGUGGAGAAUAUGGGUGAGCUCACUCGGUUCACACGGGCGCAGCUGGAGGAACACUUUGGAGAAAAGACUGGGCCGUGGCUGUACGACUUGUGCAGAGGCAUCGAGUUCGAGCCAGUAAAACCCAGGCAGCUUCCUAAAUCCAUUGGCUGUAGCAAGAAUUUUCAGGGAAAGUCGGCUCUCGCUACGAAAACUCAGGUUCAGCACUGGUUGCACCAGCUGGCCCUUGAGCUGGAGGAGAGACUGAAUAAAGAUAAAGAGAUGAAUGGCCGAGUUGCCAAGCUGCUGACUGUGGGGGUCCGCCAGGCUGGAGAUAAAAGGCCCAACAGUUUCUCUCGCUGCUUUGCUCUAGCGCGCUAUGAGGCCUCAAAGAUUUCCUCCGACAGCUUUGCAAUCAUGAAGAGCCUUAACGUUGCCGGCAGCCAUCAGGAAGCCUGGUCUCCUCCCCUCACCUGUCUCCAUUUAUCUGCCAGUAAGUUCAGUGAGAACUCAUCUGGAGAAAUCACUAGUUUCCUCAGCACUGAUGUGGCACCAACACAGUCGUGUCUAAAAACAACCGAGCCAGCACUGAAACCAGAAACACCACCCAAGAAACCAGGCAGUAUCCAGGCCCUUUUCCAGAAAGCUGCUGAUAAGAAAAAGAAGGAAGCAGAUGAAAGUUUCAUAGAAAAGGAACUGGUCUCCUUGCCUUCCUCUGAGACCCUUCCCAAGAAUACAGCCAACGUGGUUUCUCAGAAAUCACCAGUGGUUUCAAGUAGGUCACUUUCCUCUUUUUUUCAGAGAAAGACAUUGGAGACAACUUCUGACGGGUUCCCUAAAGAGAAAGAAAGCACCAAGGACAAAUCUCCGACUGAAUGGUCUCCACAGGGUUCUUCAUGCACUUCAUCUCGUGUCGAUGAGCAGAAUCGGGCAGAAUUCCUCACUCAAAGUGUCACCUUUAAAGAUAGCAAAGAGGAUUUUCACACGUGCAUGCGCUGUGGACAGGAAGUGUUAAUGUGGGAGAUGCCGGAACACACCGACUACCACUAUGCACUUGAUCUACAGAACUCCCUCUCCUCCUCAUCAUUUUCUGCCCCAGUCAUGACUGAAACAGCGUCGUCAUCGCGUGGAAAGAGCAGACACAAAACUCGGGCUGGACCUCAGGCAAAGAGAGCAAGGCCCAUGGACAACUCCAGCACUCUGGAUUCUUUCUUCAAGAAAGCUUAGUUUUCUUUUAAACAUGGAUUCUUCACUUAAUCAGACUACUUUACAUCAUAUUAUUUAAUGAUAUCACUGACUAUGAGUUCAUUUACAAAUUUUUACUUCAUUCCGUCUUGACAAAAUUGAAACAAAAAAAACAAAACAAAAAAAUGCAUAAAAAUCUAUAUUUCCUAAAUCAUGUUUUCGUCUGGCUUGCACAUAUUCACGUAUGAAUUUUUGUUCUUUUUCAAUGAUUAUUUUAAUAAAUAAUAUCGUGUUGCUUUUUAGUGUGGUGUUAU